ACAUCAUUUGAAGUAUCCCAAUCUCCCCCGAACAACCCCAUAUCAGACCAGAACAGAUAAACUCAGGCAAGCCUGUACUGCUCCAGCGAGUCUUCAGCUGACUGCGCUCGGAGAGAGGCAAUACUGACAUUAAGUGCUGAGUUGAUUGACCAACAACGCGAUCUGCAAUCUAUCACCGCGUCGCCGAACGUGCGAGGUUUCUUUAUCAUAAAUCCAAUGUAUAUCACCAAAUAUAGAUUAAACGCUUUCCAAUCGAGAUUUGGUGAACCUGUAAAAAGAGUGGUGUCCUUCACGUGCUGUUAAUUCAAUCUUAUCUCAUUUAAUUUGUUUCAUUACCAAACCUAUCAAAUUUGCUGACGCACUUUCUAAUCAAAGCAAGGAACAAUAUUCAGACUUUUCAAAUUCUGGUAUUCAAGUUGGAUUUCUUUCUCUUUAUACUAUAUAAGUAAGAGUUGUACAUGAACUAACAAAAAGUCGAAAACAAGGACACUUGUAAAUAAUUGCUAUAUAUUGGUCAAUUUGCAUGGUAAUUGGUGUAGUUGUUACGCAAUGAACCUCGCCACACGAAAAUUGGACAUUCGGAUAACCUCGUCAAUAAGUAUGUCAUCUAAGACGGAGCAAUUAUCGAACGGUUCAAAUGAUUUUGAUCGAGGGAAUCCAUUUUCUUCGCCAUCAGUGGGUGAUAAUUUUUCACAAAGUGUAAAUGGUGAUGGCUGUAGCAAAGCAGUAAGUAAGAGUACAGCUAUAAAAAGUCGGAGGCUCCGGAUCCCAAACACAUGUUCUCAGCUGGAUCUUCUGUUGGGAACAACCGAAGACAAAAACCAACCUCAAGGCAAAAAGAUAUUACAACGCCCGUCAAGGUUGGCGGAUUUGACAUACGAAAACAGCCCACCAAAAAGAAAUAAGAGUUUUAUUUACAAAUCAUGCAAAUUAGAAAAAGGAAAGAUUGAGCAAGACUGUAACCUACCACAGAUCUCGGAAGAACAAGUCAUGCCGUCCCUUCCUAUAGAAAUGCUUAACAAAAAUGAAAAACUUCGGAAGAGUUCUUCCUAUGUGUUUCGUCAAGCCCAUAGGAGGGAUUCGGUGGUUGCUAAAGAGUUUUCAGACUCUGACAGAAGUGAGACUCGGCGGACAUCAUUUGCAGCACCCCAUAAGCGACGCAACAGUCGUUACGACAUCCAUAGGAUAUCAACAGACGAGUCCGUUGAAUGGAGUUUUGAUCACAUCCAAGAUGUUUUCAAAGACAGCCAGACGAUCAGCACCUCGCUGCAGGCCCAGCGUCUGGAGACGGACGGCCGGAAUUACGUCUGUGUCAGUCUGGACAGCAUCAAGAGAGCUCUGAGCGAGGUCGGCGUCACUUCCGGAUCCGCUUGCAUCCGAAGCUUUAUCGGACAGAGCUACCUGGUUUUUAACUGCCAGGAGAACCAAUUAAUGCCACCAGAGAAAGAGGGCAAGGAUUCGGACACCAUGCCCCCACUGGUCAGUGAAACUCAGAAAUGCAAGCAGCCUUCCAUAGAGGAACUGAUAAAACUCAUGAAAGAGAGACCCCAGGAUGUGAAAGCCCAACUUACGGGGUGUCGGUGUAUGGGCCAGUUCGCUUAUGACGACUCAUUGUCCGUACUUCUGGCUAAAAACGAGGGGAUAUCCUGUCUGAUGACCGCCAUGGUCAAAUUCACAGGUCAAGACGAGAUAGUGACGUCAGCCAUUUCUUCUCUAGCGCGCAUGUGCGCAGCUUCUGACGCUAGCUGCGUUCACGUACAGAAGAAUGAUGGGAUCAGUGAACUCUUACGAUUGAUGACCUCCAACCGCGACCUUCAGGUCAUAGAGGGCGCCGUGGACAUUCUUGGAAGCAUGUCGGCAGUUGAGGAAUUACUAGAAAAGUUGGUGGAAGAAGAUGUUCCCCAAAAGGUUGUGACUUUGAUAUCGCAACACGAGAGUAACCCAAGAAUCGUUAGCAACUGUUGCUUCAUCCUUAGCAACCUAGUGAUUGAGUACCAAACAGCGAAAAACGUGAUGUAUAUUGGAGGAGUGCACGUAAUCGUCAACGUCAUGAAAAAGUUUCAAAAUGAAGAUCUUGUUCACGAGAACGCUUGUAGGGCCCUUGGUAGUUUUGCAGCCCAUGAGGACUUGUGCUCAGACGUUUCCAAUGCUGGAGCCCUGAAUGUGGUGAUGCACACUCUGAAGACAUUUUCUGACUCCACGGCAGUGCUGGAGUGUGCUCUUUGGGCUCUAGCCUGCCUAUCAAAGUGUAUGGAUGCAGUUCAGUUCUUGUGUAAGGAUGGGGAAAUAUCUACAGUGUUAAGCACUCUUCAAAAAUACCCGUAUGACGAAACGUUACAGGAAUAUGGUUGCUGGACGCUAUGUAACCUCGCUUCCUUUGCUUUUGGUGCCCAGGAGUUGGCAGUGCCUGAAAUCGUAUCUACAGUUUGUCAUUGUCUGGAGCAAUUUCCAGAAAAUCUCCAACUCCAACAGGAAAUCUUUGCAUUCUUGGUGCCAGUGCUGGCCAUAUCAGAGAAGGCCCAGAAACAGUUUAUACAAGAUGGUAAAGUGAAGAUCGUUUUGGAGAGGAUGACCACGUACUUAGACUGCCCAGUGGUACAGGAACACGGCUCUCUGAUCAUUGGGACGCUAGCGGUCAGCAAAUCACACCGAUCAGUAUUGGAGAGACUGAACGCAUCUCAAACCAUAGUAACAGCACUUCUUCAUCACGAGAAAUCAGACAAAAUCCACGAAAAUGGACAAAUCGCCCUCACAAACCUCUCAGCAGAAGUUUACGGGAACAAGUAUACGGUGGUGAAGAAUGGUGGUGUACAGGCUGCCAUUACCAGCCUGACGAAGAUGUCACAUAACCCGGAUGUAGUGGAUCUAGCCCUGAAACUGUUAGGAAACUUGAUAGAACUCGACGCGGUGUGCCACAGUUUUUUGGAGUAUCAAGGCCUAGACGUUCUGGAAACAUUGCUAAAGAGCUGUACAGAUUGUCGGGACACAGAAAUACUGGUCAAGAACAUCCUGAUACAUCUAGCCUCAACAAAGGGUAUCACAACUUCUGAGUUGGAUGCCAUAGAACGCGUGAUAUGUACUGUACCGGAUGUCUUACAAAAUAACAAUGGAGAAGACGUUUAUCUGGUCCAGUUCUAUGAAAAAGUUGUCUCAACAGUGAACGGUUGCAAGAUGUUUGUUGAUUGUGGGUCUUUUGACAAAAUGGUGGAUUUGUUAACCAUCAACUCUACCACUUAUGACGUACAGUUCCACGGCUGUAAAGUGAUGGCGGCCUUAGCAAUGAAUGGGUUCCAUAAAAAGCGUUCCCCAGAGGUUCUGUCUCUAAUUCACAACGCCAUAAAGAAUUUUCCGGGGAAACUAGACCUACACAUUGUUUGCUGUGGCGCCCUGUGUUAUCUUACGGAGGAACAAGAUUCCACGAGCAUGCUUUUUCUGCACCAGCAUGGUAUGAGCACACUGAUGACGACCCUCCGGAGGUUCCAAGACGAGCAAAGACUCGUUGUGGUGGCAUUUAUGGCCCUUGAAAACCUACUUAAAUCGGUUGCAGCCAAUGAAGACAAUGACAAAUUGAUAAAGAGUUAUGACCUGAAACUGAUAGAGGGCUAUGACGUUUUAUCUGUGAUUGACAUCAUGAGCAGGUUCCCGGAUGUUGUAGACAUCCAGGUGUUUGGCUGUAAACUCCUCACCUUGGCCACAGAUGACGACAUGAAGAAGGAGCUGGACACCACGCCUCUGUUGGACAUCCUGGACCGCCGGAAGUCCAUGCAGGACGCCGUGGUGUGGGCCAGGCGGGCCUUACAGCGCAUCAGGCCAGACCUGUUAGAAGCGGAAGAGCGAUGAAUGUCUGUCGUACUAUCCUAUUUAUGUUUAUUGUUUAUAUGUGUUGCUUAGUAAACAUUGCAUACGUACA